UAGCUUACACUCGCCACUCGUCAUGUUGAAAGCAUCCGAUUUUGGUCUAACCGGCAGUGACAUCCAGCUGAUCGCAACGCGCUAUUUCGGAAGAGCACUGACCGUUCAGGAUGCUUGGAUCGAAGCAUUCGGUGGCACUCCGGAUGGGUUUUUGGCGGAUCACCUGGCGUUGAAGUGCGCGGUGUCGACGAUCAAUGGGGCGAAAACGGCGAAGCAGCUUUCCUUUUUUGUGAAGGUCGUCCCGAAUGGAAAUCCAGUGUUGGCCAAAUAUCUGCAGGAGAUUGGAAGCUUCCAGAAGGAAAUAGCGGUGUGCGAGAAGGUGAUUCCGAGGAUCGUGGAGCAGAUUGGUGCGACGCAAAUUGUGCCAAGGUAUCUACUGACCAAGGGUGAUCGAUUGAUUGUGAUGGAGAACGUUAAGUUAGAGGGGUACGAUAUAUUGAAGGGUAACGGAGGAUUGCUUAGUUAUCGUCAUUUGGAGAAGGCGUUUGAAGCGUUAGCCCGAAUGCAUGCGGGAUCGAUCCUGUUGGAGGAAAAAGAACACAUGGAUCUGCUGAAGCUGUUUCCUGGAACCUUGGCGGAAAAUGCUUGGACUGGUGAUGAAGCCAGUAUCAGAACGAGGGAUGUGAGGAACGUUAUUGAUAUGUGGUGUGAGUUCAUGAAAAUAACUGAAACGGAUACUGCACGGUUGCAAAAAAUCCUGAUGGGACUUCGUGAAACGCUACGCCAAAUCUAUGAAUAUGUCAAACCCUCCAAAAAGUGGAGAAACGUGUUUAGUCAUGGCGAUCUGUGGAACAACAAUCUCAUGUUUAGGUAUACACGGAGUGGUGAGCCGGAGAGUUGUGUCCUGGUGGAUUUCCAGCUGUCUCGUUAUACUCCACCUGCGUACGACAUCAAUAUGCUACUGGCUCUGACUACAACUAAAUCUUUCCGAUUUGAACAUAUGAGUCCCCUUUUGGAACGCUACUACGAUGAAUUCCACCGAAACCUGUGCCAACGCGGGAUCGAUCCCACCGAUGUUUACACAAAACAAUCAUUCUUCGAAUGCUGUAAGUACUACAGACAGGCGGGACAAAUUCAUGGAUGCAUCAUCGCUCCUGAGGUGUUGAUGCCGCAAGAUUUAAUGAACGAAAUAUUUGCCUGUUCGGCGGAAUACACUGGAUUCAUGCCUGCGGCAAAGGUCGACGUUUGUUUGAAAGCAUUCAGACAGAACAACGAUUACCGGGAUCGCUUGCUUGAUAUGGUCCAAGAACUCAUAUCAUAAUAUGUAUGAUGAUAUGUAUAUAUUUUAAGGCUUUCGAAUUGAAAUAUUUUACUGUGUAUGGAUAUUA